AUGGUGUGGAAUAAGGUGGCAUCCUGGUUAGGGGUACUCAUGGUUAACUUGAUGGGGGUUGUGGAGAAUUUGUUGUGGUUUCGAAAUUCGUUAGUUGGUAAAGUGCGCUCGAGGAAGAAAUUGUUAAUUUGGUUGGCAACAUGUUGGGCUUUAUGGAGUAUGAGGAAUGUAAUUUUAUUCAAGUCGGUGAUUUUUAAUGUAGGGGAAGUUGUGGAUAAGAUAAAACUAUUUUCUUGGCUUUGGAAUGUUAUUGGACUAAAGUCCAAAGUUUGUUGUAGCUUCUACUUAUGGAGUCGAAGUCCAUUGGACUUUCUCAAUAUAAACUGA